AUGGCUGAAAAGGCAAAAGCCGUGGCGCUCAAGUCCACGAAACUCUUCCAAGAAAUCCAAGUUGGUGCCGUUACGCUAUCUCAAAGAGCUGUGUUUGCUCCUUCUACUCGGUUCAGAGCUCUUCCUGACCAUACGCCUUCCGACCUCCAGCUUGAGUAUUAUGACCUGAGAUCGAAGUUCCCAGGUACGUUGCUUAUCACUGAAGGUACUUUGCCAAGUUUGAGUACUGGUGUUGACGCCAGAGUGCCUGGUAUCUUUUCAGAUAAGCAGAUCAGAGAAUGGAGGAAGAUCACUGAUAAGGUCCACGAUAACGGUUCGUUUAUUGCUGUUCAGCUUUGGGGAUUGGGCCGUGGAGCUGACCCAGUGCAGAGCAAAAAGGAAGGAGUCCAGCUUCGUGGUGCCUCUGCUAUUUACCAUAGUGAAGAGCAAGAACUGGCUGCAAAGAAGGCAGAUAACGAAUUGGAGGCUUUUACUACCGAGGAAGUUGAAGAUGUCAUUGAGGACUUUGUCCAGGCUGCUAAGAACGCCAUGGAAGCUGGUUUUGACUUGAUUGAGCUUCAUGGGGCUACGGGCUACCUUAUCAACCAGUUCUUUGAAUCCUCUUCAAAUAAGCGUACCGAUAAGUACGGCGGUUCUAUUGAAAACCGGGCUCGGUUUGCGUUGGAGCUUAUUGAUCGUAUUGGGGAAGCCAUUGGGCCAGAUAGAGUGGCCAUUAGGAUCUCUCCUUGGCUUAAGUAUACGGGUAUGAAGGCUGAAGAGGAUGAUAUCCAUCCAAUUGCUACUUUUGGCUACUUCCUUGGUCAGUUGCAGAAACGUGCUGAUGCUGGUAAACAGAUUGCUUAUGUUUCGCUUAUAGAGCCUAGGAUUCCUGGAAUGCUGAGCAAUGAAGACGAUUUUGGCAGUAAUGCUUUUGCUAAGUCUGUUUGGAAAGGCGUGCUUAUCAGAAGUGGAAACUAUACUUACGAUGUUCCAGAGUUUAAGCAAGUUUUGGAAGAUAUCGAUGACGAUCGUACGUUGGUGGGUUUCUCCAGGUACUUCCUUUCGAACCCAGAUUUGAUCUAUAAGCUUCGUGAUGGCGGUGAGUUGAACCACUAUGAUAGAAAGACUUUCUACACUUCCACCAACUGGGGAUACAAUACUUGGAACCUUCGUGGAGAAGAAAAAGAGUUUGACAUGAAGGCCGAGAAGGCCAGAAGACCUGCUCCCAUUGAGUAA